GGAUGCGGAGGUGGAGAGAUGCGGGCGCAGUCGGGAUGGGAGAGGGCGCGUUGAGGAGGGAGCCCGCUCACUAACUAUGGAAAUUCAGCCUGCACGUUUUCGGAAUAAGGAGUUAAAGACUUUACACAUCGCGCUCUCUGUCUCGCUCCCUCUCUCUGUCUUCAUCUCUUUUUUCCAAAGGAGAGACUUGCAUGCAGGAGGUGGAAGAUCGCAGGUGAGGAGAGAAGAAAAAUGCCAUUUGCAGUACAUUUCUGGAGUGAAAUAUGCGCUGAUGGUCUGAUGCGAUAUUUCUACAGAUUAUUUACGCACAUUUUAAUUUUUUAAAAGUCAUCAUAUUGACUUAAAAAGACUCAAAAUGGAUUUCUUGAACAGGUCCAGCCUGGAGGACGGGAUAGAGGCAGAGAAUAUCUCAUCUAAUUCCACCUCUCAGAGCCAGUACACCCAGCUCGCUAUCUGGGGUCUGGCCGGACUUGUCAGCUUUCUGAUUUUGUUUACAAUAGUCGGGAAUGUCUUGGUUGUUAUCGCCGUUUUAACGAGCAGAGCUCUGAAACCACCCCAGAAUCUUUUUCUUGUCUCCCUGGCCAGUGCGGACAUACUGGUGGCCACCCUGGUCAUGCCCUUUUCUCUGGCCAAUGAACUCAUGGGCUACUGGUUUUUUGGGAAAAUUUGGUGUGACAUCUACCUGGCUCUGGACGUUUUAUUCUGCACCUCCUCUAUUGUUCAUCUGUGUGCAAUUAGUUUGGACAGGUACUGGUCAGUGACACAGGCGGUAGAGUAUAACUUAAAGAGAACGCCUAAAAGAGUUAAAGGGAUGAUUGUAGUGGUGUGGCUGAUCUCAGCUGUCAUCUCCUUCCCACCGCUGAUAUCAAUGGACAGGAGCAGCAGUGAGGCCAAUCCCCAGUGUAUCCUGAAUGAUGAGACCUGGUACAUCCUCUACUCCAGUAUUGGCUCAUUCUUUGCCCCCUGUGUCAUCAUGAUCCUGGUCUACAUUCGGAUUUACCAAGUGGCAAAGACCAGGACCAGAACAAUGUCAGAGAAGAAGAGGGAUGUGGACUCGCCACUGGAGAAUGGGAUGGACCAAGCCGAAGCAGGCAGAGGAGGGUCACAAAAGUCCACCAGGGACGGGAGCAUGAAAGAUCAGGAACGUGAGAACGGGCACUGCCAAGAGCAGGUGGUUCGAUCCCCUCUACCAAACGAGCCCAAACACCCACCUACAGACCACGAUGAUGACUUUGACGACAGCAGCUCGUCAGACGAGAAACCUAAGAAAAGUUCCUCUAAACAUCACCGUAACGACAAAAAAGACAGGAAGUCCAGCCGGAAAAGCAGCUCCGCCUCAAAAUACUCCAGCAGGAAGUCGCGUGCCAGUUCCAAGUCUAUGGAGCUGUUCUCAUCUCGCCGCAAACGCCGGAGCACCGUCAAUCGCAAGAAAGUCUCCGCUGCUAGGGAGAAACGCUUCACCUUUGUCCUCGCUGUCGUCAUGGGUGUUUUCGUCGUGUGCUGGUUUCCUUUCUUCUUUUCCUACAGCCUGUACGGGAUCUGCCGGGAGCCGUGCCAGAUACCUGAGACGCUGUUUAAGUUCUUUUUCUGGAUUGGUUACUGUAACAGCUCAUUAAACCCGGUCAUUUACACCAUCUUCAACCAGGACUUCCGCAGAGCCUUCCAGAAGAUCCUCUGUAAGUCAUGGAAACGCUCUUUCUGAAUGCUUCCUGCAUGGAUAGGGUUGUAUUAGACAUUUUACCCAGCAGACAGAUUUUUACUGAUCUGAGCUGUAGGAUGAAGUGCUGGCCUGGGGGGGCUUUCAGACCUUUACUUUCAGGGAUGCACUAAGAAAUGAAGGGACGAUUGAACUAAGGCGCAGAAAAGGGGUUCAGGAAGGCUAUUCAGGCUGCUUUUGAACUGUGAUAUGGGCUUCAGCUCAUUUCCCCCCCUACUCAUCGACUUCUUCUCCCUUCACUGACAUACAACAAACUGACUCGGAACAGUUACUGUGAUGCAUGCACACCACAGUGGCUGCACUUGGAGGAACUGCACAGGAGGCAAAAGGUUUACAGAGACACUCGAUUUUACAAUGUGACCUCAUUCACUGAAUUUACCUGUAUUGCGAAGGCCUUGACAAUCUCCACACAACCGUUGCUUGUGACUUUAGAUAGUGGCGUCUAUCUUCUCUUUCUGUCUCUAACUCGACUUUUUUCUCUACCUUUCUAUUACGUCACACUCUCGACAUGAGGACCAAUGGGACGAAGGGGCUCCUUGCUAACUGUUUCAGUAGCAAAACAGUUUCAUUAAAAAACAAACAAAAGAAAAACUACAAAAAAAACUAAAAAGUCAUGUUUCUGCUUCAGUGUUCUGUAUGGGGCUAAAAAAUGUCUGAACUGGGAGCUGCAGUGGAAACUUUUUAUCAGGAUGUGUAGUUUUUUUUUUUUUGUGAACUUGUACAUGUGGCUCAGUCUGGAUACAGUGGCAUGUACAGCAGAAUGACUUCAUGGGCAAUUUCCUCUCCCAGGCAUGUGUCUGCACCUUCUGCUCCCCUCUGAGAAAAUUGAUGGAGUACAGAGGUACUGCUGAGGCAGAUGGGCACCCACUGACGCUUUCACUGUGUGUGUACUCGUGUGUGUGUGUGUGUGUGUGUGUGUGUGAGAAAGAGAGGACAAAGUGUAUAACAUGGGGAAAUCUGUGGUGAUAAAGUGAGCUGCAGAAUUUACGCAUCUUAUCCCAACUGCCAGUUAGUGAUUGUAAGUGUGUGUCUGUGUGUAUCUGUACGUGUGUGCAUGUGUGUGUGUGUGUGUGUGUGUGUGUGUGUGUGUGCAUAAGCUUGCUCAAAUGGCCCGAUUCUUUCUGGUCAAAUGUCUUUCUACUCGCAUCCUAUUUUCUGUCACACGUCUAUUCUCUUCCUCAAAGCCACAAAAAGCACUUAGCCACAGUAAACACCCAAACACCUUAUCACUCUGUUCUAAUGUCUG